AUGUUGUUCAAAACAGCCUCGAUUGUGCUGGGCUUGUACUCAAGCCAUGUGUUAGCGCUUACCACUCAUAAACACAAACAAUUCGCCCAUGAAUCUCGCGACAUUGUGGUCCCUGCAAUCCAGCUGGGGGUGAACAUCGGUGAACCUAAGAAUCAACCGACGAGUCAACAAGCCAGUGAAACAGACUGCGCUCCAUACUGGUUGGAGAACAUCAAGCACCAAGGUGUUGCGAGCUUCAACCCCAACCCGCACAACUACACUAUUUUCAGGAAUGUCAAAGACUAUGGCGCAGUCGGCGAUGGAGUCACCGAUGAUACUGCGGCGAUUCAAAGAGCCAUGUCCGAGGGUAAUAGGUGUGAGCCUGGCUUCUGCGAAAGUUCCACCACCACGCCAGCCAUUGUGUACUUUCCCGGUGGAACGUACAUAAUCUCCAGCGCCAUCAUCGAUUACUAUUACACACAGAUCAUUGGAAAUCCCAACUGUCUUCCUACUAUCAAGGCUUCUCCCAAGUACAAUAGUACUGUUGGAUUUGGCUUGAUUGAUGGCUCCCCAUACCUGGGAUAUGGACGUCGUAUUGGUCAAACUGCCUUUGGAUCCACCAACACCUUCUUCCGUCAGAUCCGUAAUCUCAUCCUCGACACGACCGCGCUUCCGGCCAACUUCUCAGCUACCGGUCUCCAUUGGCCGACGGCACAGACGACUAGCCUUCAAAACAUCGUGUUCAACAUGAAUGCAGACAAAGGAACGCUGCACCAAGGAAUCCUGGUUGAAGCUGGAUCUGCAGGAUUCAUGACCGAUUUGGUCUUCAAUGGAGGUCAAAUUGGGUUCAAUGUUGGUAACCAGCAGUACACGACCCGUAACCUUACCUUCAACAACGUUGAUACUGCCGUCAACCAACUCUGGGAUUGGGGAUGGACAUACAAGUCGGUAACCAUCAACAACUGCCGGGUUGGAUUCAACAUUACUGCUGGCGGUCCGUCUGCUGUCAACAUAGGAUCUAUCACGUUGAUUGAUAGCGAGAUCAACAACACCCCGAUCGCCAUCGCUACUUCGAGGACUGAUGACUCACAGCCCGCAGCUGCUGGAGCACUAUACCUGGAGAACCUCAAGCUCAGCAAUGUUGGAGUUGGUAUACAAGGACCGAACGGAACGUAUCUUGCAGGAACCUCUGGUACUAAAAUCAUUGAUGGUUGGGCUGACGGGCAUCGUUAUGUCCCAAAGGGUCCCAUCGAGGCGCGUGGCUCUAUUGCUCCCACAAAGCGACCAGCUGAGUUGUUAGAUGCGGAAGGAAAAUACUACGAGCGCGCCAAGCCUCAGUAUGAAGAUGUUCCUCUUUCGCAGUUUCUUAGCGCUCGCACCCUUGGUGCCACUGGAGAUGGUCGUACGGACGACACCGACGCCCUUAACGCUGCCAUCUUGCAAGCGUCCGCAGCAGGCAAGAUUCUCUUCCUUGAUGCUGGUUAUUACAGAGUCACAUCCACUAUCUACAUCCCACCGGGCGCCAUUAUCGUGGGUGAAGCUCUCGCCUCUGUCAUCUUUCACGCUGGUCCCUACUUCGAUGACAUGGACGCUCCUAAACCUGUUGUUCAGGUUGCUCGUCCUGGUGAAAUGGGCCGUGUUGAAUUGUCCGACAUUUUUGUGUCGGGGCAAGGCCGACAAGCGGGCGCUAUCCUCAUAGAGUACAAUCUUGGUACUUACGAAGGCGAGCCAUCGGGACUCUGGGAGGUACACACCAGAAUUGGAGGCUUUGCAGGAUCGGACCUGCAGACAGCAGAGUGUGAAAAGACGCCCAAUAUCACCAUCACACCGGAAAACCUGUCCCAACAAUGUAUCGCCGCAUAUAUGUCUAUGCACAUAACCAAGUUUGGUGCCGGAAUAUACAUGGAAAACAACUGGUUCUGGACAUCCGACCAUGACCUCGACCAGGAGCAUAGCAACAACACGCAACUAACCAUCUAUGCCGGCCGCGGCCUCCUCAUAGAAUCCAUAAAUGGCCGCCUCUGGCUCUACGGCACAGCUGUCGAACACCACGUCAUGUACGAGUACCAAUUCGUCGAUACCCGCAACAUCUUCAUGGGCCAAGUCCAAACAGAAACCGCCUACUACCAACCCAACCCCAACGCCACCAUUCCCUUCCCGCCCAACCCUGCCCUCUCUGAUCCCAUCUUCGCUACCAAAAAGCCCUCGGGAAACUCCACGAGUAACGCAUCGGGAUACGGUGUACGUAUCGUGCGCUCCAAUAACAUUAAGGGGUAUGGAGUGGGGUUGUAUUCGUUUUUCAACAACUACAACACUAGUUGUUCGGCGAUUGGCGCGGGGGCUGUGUGUCAGAAUCGCAUUUUGUCGAUUGAGGGCGGCAGGAACUCGUAUGCGGUGGAUCUGUACAAUGUGAACACUGUAGGCAGUAUUCAUAUGGUGACGAGGGAUGGUGAGGAUUUGGCAUGGGAGGGAGAUAAUAACAGCACGUUUGUGGAUACGGUGAAUGUGUUUAGGAUUGAUGGGCACGGGCUUGGGCUUGAGCUUGGUAUUGACAUUGACAUUGACGUUGAGAUCAAUAUUGGGCUUGGGCUUUAG